AUGUCCGAACUCAGUGAAGAAUACAGUCCGGCAUUUGCUCCAUUCUUUGGGUUUGCAGGCUGUGCUGCCGCCAUGGUCCUUAGUUGUGCUGGUGCUGCUAUUGGUACUGCCAAGUCAGGUAUCGGUAUAUCUGGUGUUGGUCUUUACAAACCAGACCUCAUUAUGAAGUCCCUCAUUCCUGUUGUCAUGUCCGGUAUUCUCUCGGUUUACGGGCUUGUGGUUGCCGUGUUAAUUGCUGGUGAUUUAUCCCCAACUUCAAAUUACUCUUUGUUCAAUGGGUUUAUGCACUUGGCUUGUGGGGUUUCGGUUGGCUUUGCCUGUUUGUCGAGUGGUUAUGCCAUUGGGAUUGUUGGUGAUGAAGGGGUAAGACGUUAUUUGCAUCAGCCUAAGCUUUUUGUGGGUAUUGUCUUAAUUUUGAUUUUUAGUGAAGUGUUGGGAUUAUACGGGAUGAUUGUUGCUUUGAUCUUGAAUACAAAGGGAAGUGGUUGA